AUGGCGUCCUCUUCCUCAUCCACUGUAACGGAUUUAAUCUCCACCGUACAUCACGACAUCAUAGAAGCUCACAUCCUGACACGUCUCGACGGCCCAACCCUAGUUUCCGUCUCUUGCGCCUCCGCACACCUUCACGAGCUCGUUUCAAAUGACAUCCUCUGGUCCAAUAUCUGCCGCUCCACGUGGCCUUCCGUAAGCCGCACCAUCCCCGACGCUUCCCGCUCUUUUUUCUCCGACGUGUAUUCUGUGCUCGACACCGCCGCGUCAGUUUCUGAUCUCGACCGUCCGUUCCCCGAGUUGAUCUCCGCCGUGGAUAUUCACUACAGAGGGAAACUGGUUCUCAGUAGAGUCGCGAAGACGGAGACUACGACGACCUGGUUUCAGAGCUCGCCUCUGAGGAUCGACAUGGUAGAUACGAAGGACACGGUGGAGACGCCGAUCAAACGAGGACGAUGGACGGAAGACACGUGUCGUGAUCUAGAGCAGCAUCUGACUUUGAGCUGGAUCGUGAUCGACCCGAUCGGGAAACGAGCGGCGAAUCUGUCGAGUCACCGGCCGGUGUUGGUGCAGCGGAACUGGAUAAGCGGAGAAAUCGAGGCGAAAUUCGCGACGGUGGUGGAAUCCACCUCGCCGGACGAGACGGUUGAGUGUGGGAUCACGGUGGUCACGUGCGGAGAGGAGGAGAUGCACGUGAAGGAUGUGAGCCUCAAGGUAGAGAAGAUGGAGGGAACGCAUUUGAACGGGAAGGACAGUUUGGUCAUUUUGAGAAGUGUGAUCGAGGGUAAAAGAGGAAAUGGAAGAAGAAGAGAAACAGAAUCAAAGAAGAGACACCAUGAGUUUAUGGACAAGAAGAGAGAAAGGAAAGAGAAGAAGAUGAAGACAGAUUUGGUAUUUGACAUUUUAACCGUCGCUUUUGGGAUUUUAGGCUUUGGGUCGUUUGUUGGGUUUUGUCUUUGGUCUCGUUGA